AUGACACCAGACACAACAUCUGAGGCGACACGUAUCUCCGACGAGCAAAAUACCAUUUCUGAGGCUGAGACACAAUCUGAUUUGGAUUUUAGUGAUUGGAUAAAAGUUGUUAGGAGGUCUCAUCCUUUGUCACGAUCCGUUAGUGAGAAGAGGAGGAAGGGAGGCCAUUUUGAGGACAGCCUCGACAGCGAGGAGGACACCGACGUGAACCCUCGAAGGAAGAAGCCGCAACAGGGCGGCCUCAACGAGAUAUUAACACUCAGCCCGGCUCAUCAAAACGAGGCCGGCACUUCCAGGGACAGAAAAAGAAAUCGGUCCCCACCGUCAGGGGCCGAUCAGGUUUAUCUCUCACCACAGCGCGUGAACACUAGCCGAGGUGAACCCCUUCUUUCAAGGAGACAGACUAAGGCUUAUGCCCGACAGGCCUAUUAUGCCGGGCAGAGGGUAAUGCACGCCGGGAGCAGACCGGCACCUGAGCCAACUCCCAACAAAAUUUCCUUCACCGACGAGGAUGCUUUUCUGUUUGACCACCCCCACUCCGACGCUUUGGUGAUCACGACGCCGAUCAUGGCGAUCAAGAUCCAUUGCAUCAUGGUCGACACCGGGGCCUACGCAAGCAUUCUCUACUACAACACAUUCAAGAAGAUGGGGAUAGAUGCAAAAGACGUGCAACCGUGCCGAGAACGGAUCCAAGGCUUCAGUGGAAAAACAACCACCCCGGUCGAUCAGGUCAUGCUGCCGAUCUGGUUCGGAGAAAAAGGGCAGCCCACGAGGACCAUCCUCGAGACCUUCAAAAUUGUGGACUACCAAAGCGAAUACAAUGUCAUCUUGGGCAGAACGACACCUUACAAACUGAGAGGGACAUUCGCAGACCAUCCUCGACGGAAGCACCGAGCCGGCGUCUGA